AAAUUACCGUCACCACUAGGGACGGUAAUUUCAGUUAAUGGAGCCGGAGCCAGGCUCAAAGGUCACUCGUAAAUUAUAUCGUACGAGUACACGUAUCAUGCUACGAUAGCACCGCUAUUACUCAAUAUGUUUCACGUGAGAUACCUUACUAUACACGUUCUUAAUUCUUAUUGGUCGCUAUCUACCUAUAUAAAGCGCCACACCUAAAGUAAAGUCAUUCGCUCUUUCGCUUCAUAAGCUACGGGUACUGUAAAGAAACAUUUGAAUAUGCCUAAACGUUCGCGUUUGUCUGGAGGAGAUGAGUUUUCUCGCCUUUCUACCGAGGUGCUUGGUCUGCGACUACAAGCCCUCAACCUGCCCUCUGGUGGAACACGGCAGCAACAAAUAGAUCGCCUCCGGCAAGCCACUCGAGGCGGUGAGGAGGCUUCACCUUCAGCCCCGAGGGGCAAAAGGGGGCGCCAAGCGCCCACCAGUCAUCCGACGGAUCCGACCACCAGUCAUCCGACGGAUCCGACCGGUUUUUCUGAAGCCCAGCUGUCGGUAAUACGGAAAACUGUGUCCGACGCUCUCGCAAGUUGGCGACCACCACAACAGGACACUCCAUCACCACCAGUCGUCGCAAGCGAAGGCACUCCUGGCUCGGCGUCUCCCUUGGUUCUCGAUCGCCCAUUGGACGAGGCACUAGAGGGCAAGAUUACUCGGGGUGAGUACAUCGAUCUUGCUCUCCUUCUCCCCGAUAAUCUUGCGCACGCCGGGCCCGAAUUCCAACUUGGUUUCGCCGAGAACUCGGAGAGCGUCAGGCUCUUGCGCAAUAAACGACAGAGCAUAGACUCAUUCUAUAAAUGGGUCAUCGCAUACACGCGGUAUGCGCUUACGAUCGUCACGGCAUUUCCAAGACGGGCCCGGGAGAUGAUCCAAUACCAAGCGAUCAUUUCAUCCGCGGCGGCAAAAUACCGGGGUUUUGCGUGGCUCACAUAUGAUGAGAACUUUCGCCGCUAUGCCGCUCAGGAUCGCUCAAUUCCCUGGGAUCGUGUCAAUCUUGAACUGUGGACGGUAACAUUCGCCGGGUUGGCUAAACCGCACUGCGCUUCGUGUUCCAGCCCUUUCCAUCGCUCCGAAGACUGCCCUUCUGGUCAACACCGCCUCGCCACACACCGCUCACCGCGCAUUCAUCGUAACAACGUGUGCUUCGACUUCAACCGAGUCACCGGCUGUUCCCGUCAAGCCUGCAUCUACCCCCACGUUUGCCAAAAAUGCGCCGACUCCCAUCCCGCUCACCAGUGUCGCGCCGGAAUCUCCGCAUCCGCAUGCCAGCGCCAAGGCAACAGAAGCCAAGCUCCGGGUCGCCCAGCUGCACAGUAAAAGAAAGGCAACGAUAAGUACACCGAUUAAAAUAGAUCUUCUAGAA